CAAAGUUACCAUUUUCCAUUUCAAAUGUAUAAAGUUACCUCUAUUUUUUCAAUCCUGCUGAAUUUCGUUCAGUCCAUUUUAUACAUCCGUUUUUACACAUCAGGUUUUUUUUUAACUGAUCGACUCAAGAUCUGCGAUUAAAUUAAAGUACAUCGAGCAACUUUGCUCAAAAUGGAGUCAAACUUUACGAAGGAAAGUGUCAUAAAUGCUCUUUAUCUGUUGCGCAUCGGCACCAAUCCACCGGCCGACAAAUACUUGCACUCCUUCCAAAAAUCGAAAGAAGUUUGGCGGAUAGCUGAGGAGUUGCUGUCCCACCAGCCAUCUUAUCCCCUGCACAUUCUGACCUUUGCCGCCAUGAGUUUGGCCAAGAAAACAAAGAAUGAUUUUCGUCGGCUAAGUAUGCCCAAACGAUGGUAUCUAAGGGAUCGCUUCACAAAGCAUUUGCUAAAUGCAGCCAUGAUGCCGGAAUCCAAUUCUUUGAUUGUGCAAUUGGGCAUAUGUCUGUCAGCGUUGGGACUAGGCUCGCCCAAUUUGGAAGAAGAAAUGUGUGUCUUUGUGCAGCAAUUAUCCGAACAACCCGAACACAUAAUGGCACUGCUGGAGGUCCUGAGGAUUCUGCCCGAAGAGGCUAUGUCAUUUGAUCCAGAGCAGCAUGUAGAAUCUUUGGAGUCCGUGCGCCUGGCCCUCCGUUCUCAGUCCUCCAACAUUUUCAAUACAGUCGAGGGAUUUCUGGAGCGACGCGACUUACCAGAUGGUGUUCUGCUUAAGUGUCUGGCCGUUUUAGCAUCCUGGACAAGGUAUGGCUUUAUAUUAACCGACCGAGUGCUUGAACGUAAGCUGUUCCAUCGGGCAUAUGUUAUCUUAGUUAUUCCCCUCAUUGAAGGACAUUUGGAGGCGGCCGACUGUGUAUUGGGCAUGUUGGAGUACUCCUUGGUCGCAAAUUAUCUGGACUCCCGUUUAUUUCAGAUGGUCAUCUCACUGGAAGCAGCGUUCCAAAGCUCCGUGGGCAAGCAGGAUCUAAUGCAAAACUAUUGCCACAUAUUCGUGAACCUGUUCGAAACUCACUACCAGCUGACAAAAUGGGAUCCUGCGAAAAUCCAGGAGCGACUUCUCACCAUCGAGCUAUUGCUACUUAUAGCCGCCAAGUGCCCACUGACGGUUGUUGAAAGCUCCAUGAAUGUGUGGUCUUUGCUGUCGGCAGAUUUAAAAAACCAUCCCGAUGACCAAUUGAUUUCUACAUAUCGACCCUACUUUCUGCGAUUUCUAAAUCAACUUUUCAUUAUAGCCGCUGUGCCAGCGAGCUAUGCGUGCAUUGAGCUUCCCAGCUCCUUGGAUCGUUUCCGAGGACUUGUGGCCGAAGUCCUGGUGGAUGUAGCCCACUCGGUGGAGGACAACACCCUCAAUGAACUGUACGAUAUUGUAAGAAAUAAGAAGAGUCCAUGGACAGAUGUGGAAAUGGCCAUUUUCUUUCUGCGACACUUAAUGCAAAGGGUGCACCAGUUGCCUUUUAUUUUCAAUAUUGUGGACAGCGUAAGGAAUCGAAAGGAGCCUUUAAUACGCCUUCAAGUCCUGGAAUUGAUUUCCACCCCAGGAAUCGAGGAUCCCGGCACCAUCUGGAAUUGUCUGCUCAACGAACUGAGACAGGAAGUGCCAAUUUUGGCGGCGAUCGAAUGCCGCUUAAGCCUUCUGAUGCCCUAUUGGAAAUGUUUAUUGCAUUUGGCUUCCUCGGUGGACGAAUUCCACUUAAAGGAGAGCCAACGCAGUGAACUUUUGGCCAGGAUCUACACUUUGGUCAGGCAACUUGGUCCAUCAUAUGUCCUAGAAGCGAAUAAGUAUCUGGUAAAUGAGUGUAGUAACUGUCAAGGCCCCCGUAAAAAUCGAAUUAAUAUGAUCCAAUAUCACCUAAACCUUUCGACAAAUAUUUAGCAAUGUUUAUAAACGAGUUUUAUAAGUUUAUAAAGGCAGUUCACUGCAAGAAUA